CUCCAUUUACCUUCAGGUAGAGGAGGCGAUGCUUAUGAAACUCUGGGAUCGGAUGGAGAGUGCAGAACAAGCAUUGCUGGCUAGGGAAGGAGAUGAAGGAGGAGGCAAUUUGAGACGUGGCAAUGCAAAGGACAUGGAGGAGGAAGCUGUCAACCUGGAAGAGAGGGAGGAGGAGAGGGAGGGGGAGGAGGAGGAGGAGGAGGAGGAGGGGCAGGAGGAGGUGGAUUGCUCUGAUGAGGACAGGGAAAGGGAGCAUCAUGAUGAUCUGGGGAUGGAGAACGGGAGGAGGAGGAGUGGGCUCGAUGAUGAUGAUGAUGAUGAGUUCGGUGCUUGUUUGCAUUCGAGGGCUCAUGGAGGUACAGGCAAUAUCUUGACUGAUGCUAAUGACGAUGAUGAUGACCGUUUUCUUGCUGACGUGGAGGCAGAGGUGGAUGAGCUGGCUGUCGUAUCCGGCAGGAAAGGUGUUGGUAGUCAUGACCAGGGAGGGCGUUUGAUGAAGCGGACAACUGAGCACUCUGUGGGAGAGGAGGAGGGGGAGGAGGAGGACGAGGAGAAGGGGUAGGAGAAGGACGACAAGGAGGAGGAAGUGUAGGAGGAGCAGGAGGAAGCGGAGCAGCAGCUUGGACGAG